AGCACGAACACACAGCCGUAGCGUGCAGCACAGCAGUAGUAGAGGCAGAGGCAGAGACCUUCGCCGAGUGAUGCUGCUCAAUAGUUCAGCAGUAGCACGCGGCUGCAGUACUCUUUCCCGGCGUCGCUGUGGCCUGUUUCCUCGGACGCUCUCAUCUGCUGCGAGUGCACAGCGGAGCAAUGAUCGUCGGUCGUUAGAAUCGGUCAGCAGCAGAUGCUGUCUACACCAUCGCUACCGCCGACCAGUUCCACCAUCUCAUUGCGCGGUUCCUUGUGUGUCGGUGUGGAGGUCGAGAAGUACCAGAAGCACUGGCGGUGGCGUCUCCAGCACCCACAGCAAAGACGACACGUCGACAAGACUAUCAUUGCCGUUAGGCCAGCCGCGGGCACCCCGCAGCAGUAGCAACAGCAAUAGUGCCAGCUUCAGCAGUGGGAGCGGUGGAGACGGCCUGGAGAGCGAUAGCGCCGUGUUGAGGAUGCUGGGCCCGCGUUGGAGCCCGUACGGGCGCUUGGCUAGGAUCGACAAACCAGCAGGGACUUUGCUCUUGCUGUUCCCUUGCUGGUGGAGCAUUGCGCUGGCGGCGCCGAUGGGUACUCUCCCUGAUGCCAAGCUGAUGGCCCUGUUCGCCACCGGAUCUGUGUUGAUGAGGUCGGCGGGGUGCACCAUCAAUGACCUGUGGGACAAAGACUUCGACCGCAAGGUGACACGAACGAAGCAGCGGCCGUUGGCGUCCGGCGAGCUCGGGAACACGCAGGCGAUCGCCUUCCUCGGGGCACAGCUCACGCUGGGCCUGGGCGUGCUUCUCAGCCUCAACAUCGAGUGCAUCAAGCUCGGCUUCGCCGUGAUGCCCCUGGUAGUCGCGUACCCGCUCAUGAAGCGCUACACGGACUGGCCCCAGGCCGUCCUGGGGCUGACCUUCAACUGGGGCGCGAUCAUGGGAUGGGCGGCGGUUCACGGGUCCGCUUCUUGGGAACACGUCUUACCGCUAUAUGGCGCGGGCUUUUGCUGGACCCUUGUGUACGACACCCUCUACGGCCACCAGGACAAGGCGGACGACAAACGCCUGGGCAUUAGGUCGACCGCUCUCCUUUUCGGCGACAGAACGAAGCCGAUUCUCGCCGGGUUCGGGACAGCGUCGGUGGGGCUGUUGGCGGCCUCGGGAGUGGCGAUGGAUCUGUCUUGGCCAUUCUUUGCGGGCACGGCGGCUGCGGGAGGGCACCUUGCGUGGCAGAUUUCCUCGGCGGAUCUCGAAGACCCAGCAGGGCUUUUCAAGAUUUUCAGGUCCAAUCAGAAUUUCGGUGCCUUGGUAUUCGCGAGCAUCGUAUGCGGGCAUUUCUGA